GUGGCCCGACUCCGAUGGACUGUCCGACAGUUGCCAUCGCCAACUGAAAAUCCCAUCAAACUUCCAGAAGCUGACUGGAAAUUCCGUAGUUUGACGACAGUGGCAGCUUCACGUCCUCAGAACAUCGGCGCUCGUCGUGAUCGCAUGCCUUUUCUCCGCAAGAGCCCCGCCAACGCACUCAACUCCUAUGGCUUCAAAGCAACCAUACAAACGACAGAGAUAGGAGGCAACAAAGGCGUCGGAACACUUUGA